AUGGCGAAAAUCAAGAAGAAGGGUACCUCUGGCCAGGCCAAGAACUACAUUACCAGAACUCAGGCCGUGCGCAAACUUCAGAUCUCUCUCCCAGAUUUCCGCCGGCUAUGCAUCUUCAAGGGUAUCUACCCUCGUGAGCCCCGUAACAAGAAGAAGGCCUCGAAGACAUCAACCCCCAACACAACCUUCUAUUACACCAAGGAUAUCCAGUAUCUGCUCCACGAGCCGCUCCUGAACAAGUUCCGUGACCAGAAGUCCCUUGCGAAGAAGAUUGCUCGCUCCCUGGGCCGUGGUGAAGUCAGCGAUGCUGCGCGCCUCGAAAAGAACAACGCCCCGAAACUCACCCUCGACCAUGUCAUUAAGGAGCGUUACCCGACCUUCAUCGAUGCUCUCCGUGAUCUUGACGACGCUCUUUCUCUUCUCUUCCUCUUCGCCACCCUUCCCUCCAGCGACCAUGUUCCCGCCAAGACUAUUGCGCUCUGCCAGCGUCUCUGCCACGAGUUCCAGCAUUACCUGAUCAUGACCAACUCUCUGCGCAGAUCCUUCCUUUCCAUCAAGGGUAUCUACUACCAGGCUACCAUCCAGGGACAAGACAUCAUGUGGUUGGUUCCCUACCGUUUCGUCCAGCGUGUCAACGGCGACGUCGACUACCGUAUCAUGGCCACCUUCGUCGAGUUUUACACCACCCUCUUGGGCUUCGUCAACUUCCGUCUGUACUCAUCUAUCGGUUUGAGAUACCCGCCUAAGUUUGAUACCCGCAGUGACGAGAACGGUGCUGAACUUGCGGCUUUCACUCUUGAGGGUCGCUCAGUAGGUGAUGUUCCCAAGGCUAUUGAGGCAAACAAGCCCCAGUCUACCAGCAACUCGAACAAGGAAGUCUCCGAGGAACUCCAAGCCAAGGUGGACAAGGUGAUCAAGAAUGCUGGUCUGGACAAGACCACAGAUGAGAAGACAGUCGAGAACACCGAGGAACAGACCGAUGCCAUCGACCGCUUCGAGCCCGCCGCCCCCGAGGCCGACACUCUCCCCCAGCCCCAGAUGAGCGGCAACGAGGCCGGUGCACUCUUCGCUCCUUUCGUGUUCUACAUUUCCCGUGAAGCCCCCAAGGCCCCAAUUGAGUUCAUCCUCCGCGCCUUCGGCUGCAAGCGCGUCGGUUGGGCCUCCGUGCUCGGCGAUGGAGCCUUCACCCACGAUGAGACCGACCCCCGUAUCACUCACCAGAUCGUCGACCGACCCCAGCUUCCCCAAGAAUCCCUCCCCGCCAUUCCCGCUGCCGACGAGAACGCCGUUCAGAAGGUCAAGCCCGGAACCCGCAUUCCAGGCCGCACCUACGUCCAGCCCCAGUGGAUCUGGGACUGCAUCAACGAGGGCAAGCUCCUCCGUGCCGACCUCUAUGCCCCUGGCGCCACUCUCCCACCCCACUUGAGCCCUUGGGUUAAGGCUUCUCGCGGUGCUUACGACCCGCGCGCCACCCUGGCCGAGCAGGAAGAGGAAGGUGAAGCCGAGAUCGCUGCCGAUGCUUCGGACAGCGACGAGGAGAUGGAUGACGAGGCCGCUGUUGAGGAGAAGCCCGCCGAGGAAUCCGAGGACGAGUCUGUCGACGGCGGCAUGGAUGUUGCCGGCACCGACGAUGACGAGAGCGAGGAGGAAUCUGACGAGGAGGUUGAGGACUUCGGUGGCUUCGAAGAGGAAGCCGCCUCUGAAUCCGAGGACGACGAUGAGGCUGCCCGCACUCAGCAUCAGAAGGAGCUCGAGGCCGAGGCUGCUGGUCUUCCCUUCUCCUCUGCUGGUGCUGCCGAUGAGGCUUCCAAGAAGAAGGCUUCCAAAUCCAAGAAGCUUGCCGCUAAGAAGCGCAGUGAGGAUGAGGAGCUCGAGAGACAGAAGAUGAUGAUGAGCCGGAAGAAGCGCAAGCUGCUCGAGAAGAUGAUGUACUCGAACAAGAAGACUGCCGAUGAGUCAGCUAAGCUUCGUUCGAAGAGACGUAAGCUCGAGAAGGGCGAGAAGGGUGAGAAGGGCGAUAAGAACUAA